AUGUCUGCGCCUAUUGUGGUGCAGCGUCGGGCCGGCGCGCCCCCUGGCCUGGGCGGAGUACGCUAUACGGCGCGUCCCGGACUCAUCCGCUAUUCAGCGCGCGCGCCUCGCGGCGGACAGGGCAAUGCUUUUAGCCCUCCGCCCUGCGUCACACAGGGCUGGCCGGGCGGCGGCGCGCGUGCGGUGUCGCCAGCACACGGCUGCCCCGGGGGACACGAGGCUCCGGCCGAAGAACGAGGGGUCCGCGAGCGCGUCGCAGCGCUCCCACGGGACGAGAGAAAAGUCGAAAUCACCUUGGGAAGAGUUGACAGGUUGGAAAGAGUUGACAGGUUGGAAAGAGUUGACAGGUUGGAAAGAGUUGACAGGUUGGAAAGAGUGGACAGGUUGGAAAGAGUGGACAGGUUGGAAAGAGUGGACAGGUUGGAAAGAGUGGACAGGUUGGAAAGAGUGGACAGGUUGGAAAGAGUGGACAGGUUGGAAAGAGUGGACAGGUUGGAAAGAGUGGACAGGUUGGAAAGAGUGGACAGGUUGGAAAGAGUGGACAGGUUGGAAAGAGUGGACAGGUUGGAAAGAGUGGACAGGUUGGAAAGAGUGGACAGGUUGGAAAGAGUGGACAGGUUGGAAAGAGUGGACAGGUUGGAAAGAGUGGACAGGUUGGAAAGAGUGGACAGGUUGGAAAGAGUGGACAGGUUGGAAAGAGUGGACAGGUUGGAAAGAGUGGACAGGUUGGAAAGAGUGGACAGGUUGGAAAGAGUGGACAGGUUGGAAAGAGUGGACAGGUUGGAAAGAGUGGACAGGUUGGAAAGAGUGGACAGGUUGGAAAGAGUGGACAGGUUGGAAAGAGUGGACAGGUUGGAAAGAGUGGACAGGUUGGAAAGAGUGGACAGGUUGGAAAGAGUGGACAGGUUGGAAAGAGUGGACAGGUUGGAAAGAGUGGACAGGUUGGAAAGAGUGGACAGGUUGGAAAGAGUGGACAGGUUGGAAAGAGUGGACAGGUUGGAAAGAGUGGACAGGUUGGAAAGAGUGGACAGGUUGGAAAGAGUGGACAGGUUGGAAAGAGUGGACAGGUUGGAAAGAGUGGACAGGUUGGAAAGAGUGGACAGGUUGGAAAGAGUGGACAGGUUGGAAAGAGUGGACAGGUUGGAAAGAGUGGACAGGUUGGAAAGAGUGGACAGGUUGGAAAGAGUGGACAGGUUGGAAAGAGUGGACAGGUUGGAAAGAGUGGACAGGUUGGAAAGAGUGGACAGGUUGGAAAGAGUGGACAGUGCACUGUGA